AUGACACCGUACGCCAUGAGAUGUGAGACUUGCGGAGAAUACAUUUAUAAGGGGAAAAAAUUCAACGCACGCAAAGAGACUGUCGAAGGAGAAACUUACUAUAGCAUAAAAAUAUUUCGAUUUUAUAUAAAAUGUCCGAGGUGUUCGGCAGAAAUUACUUUUAAAACUGAUCCGCAAAAUACCGACUAUGUCGCCGAACAUGGAGCGUCAAGAAAUUUCGAGCCAUGGAGAGAAGAAAGAAUCGCAGGAGAGGAGUCCAAGUUACAAAAGGAACUAGAAGAAGAAAAUAAUCCGAUGAAGGCGUUAGAAAAUCGUACUAUAGACUCUAAGAGAGAAAUGGAUAUUUUGGACGCUCUAGACGAGAUUAGAACAAGGAACGCAAGAAACGAGCGUGUUGAUGCAGAUGCAGUAUUGGAAAGAUUAGUCGAAUCUGAUCGGUCAGUUGAGAAAAAGGAAGAAGAAAAUCUAGACGAUGAAGAUUACCAACUGGCUAGAUCUAUAUUUCAUACUGUUGAUGGAGACACAGUCAGAAGGAUUCUUGAUGAUAAAGAGCCCGAUCUUUCCCAAUUACUUUCAGAAUCUGCAAAAUCCAUGAAUUUACCUAAAUUCACAACUACUUCACGAUCGGCCUCACAUAAUUCAACGGCAGAAAAACGAAAAGACCCCUGUUCCGACCUUGGCAUUGUGGUAAAAAGGAAAAAGUUGGAAACGAAACCAACCUCGGUUAACAAUAACAAUACGUUAGGUUCUUUAUUGGGAAAUUAUGAAUCGUCCGAUGAUUCGGAAUCAUGA